AUGAAGGUAUUUCUAGCUAAAAGUAUUCAUCUUUUAGGGAAAACUCGUUUAUACAAAAACGGUCUUAUCGCUAAUGACAUUCUCCUAGUCUUCAAGAAAUGGAUAAUUGAUGAAAAGAAUAUAUCAUUGAUAUUGUCUGAUAGUACGACGGCAUUUGCAACAAUGCGUGAUGUCGUCGAUACUAAGGAUACUAUGCAGUGUAGGCAGCUUUUGGGUCUGGCCAACAACGUCGAUUUGGCUCUAAUCUUCACAGUCACAAAGCGCACAACACGCAUGGUUGAUAAGAACCUCAUCACCAGCUGGAUCGGUUCUGACCUCCAGGGCUCAAACAUUAAGAUUUUAAUCCGUAGUGAUCUUGGUUUGGAGCUUAGGAACGUUGUAAUAGGAACAGUCUGUGCAAUUCUUAAUCCGGACGUUAAACAACAAGUGAUUCCAUCUGACUUAAAAUCAAUUACAAUUAAUAGGUUGGAUGAUAUAUUAAUAAUUGGUGAAUUGGAUGGAUUGGAUACAUGUAAGGCAGUGACCGUUAAGGGAGAAUCGUGUAAAAACUUGGUUUAUACACACAAUGAAGGAGAUUAUUGUAAAUAUCAUCUGAAAUUCAUUAAACCUGAUAAUAAACGUUCCAGAACUACUCAAAGCUCAAGUAAGCAUAGAUCCACUACCAACGGUAUAAAUGGUGAUAAAAAUACUUCAAACAGUACAAAUAGUGUAAGUAGUCGUGUUUUAAAAAGUACUUUGUCAAAUGUUAUGCAAGGUUUAAGAUCAGUAAUGGGUGAUAAUAAACCUUAUACAUUUACUGAGCCACCAAAGCCAGUAAAGCCAACUGAAACUAUGGCCAAACUAGGUGAAUUAAACGUAUUGAUACAAAAGAUUAUUAAUAAUCGAUCUCCAACAGCUAGAAAUACCAUAAACACACUCAGUAAGGUUAAUACCCCUGAAAAGUCUUUAUCGCUAAAUAAUACACCCAAGAACUCGGCCAAUUUCGAUACUGAACGUUAUAACGAAUUUGUUAGAUUAUCUAAUCUCAUCAAGGAUUAUACAUCAAAGAGGGAAUUUAAUAAUUUAUUGGGAACAUUACAAAUGUUAACAAAUAAAGUGAAAGGAACAUCAAGUGAGGUUAUAUCGAAGUCAAAUAUUAUGAAUAUUUGUGACCUUUUAUUGGAUCACCCACUGGAGAAUAUCGCAGUCUCAGCUCUAAAGCUCAGAAGAGCAAUUAGAAAGAUUAUCAGAGCCCAGGAAAUAAAAUAUAAAAUGAAAAUUACAAGAGAACCUAAAUCAGAAAAGAAUACACCAUCAAAAUAUAAAGCACACGUAUAA